UCUCCGCUUUUCCAUACUUCCAAUCACUAACUAAUACAAUUUCUUCUCAUCUAUCUCAAAUUCCAAUCAUAUUUUGGAUUUCUUUGACACUUGAAUUUCCUGGGAAAGUAUGGGUAAGGACAUUGAGGUUGGCGGUGAGUUCCAAGCCAAGGACUACCAUGAUCCACCACCGGCUCCAUUGGUGGACGCCGAGGAGUUAACAAAGUGGUCAUUCUACAGAGCCGUCAUAGCCGAGUUCAUCGCCACCCUCUUGUUUCUGUACAUAACCGUGUUGACGGUCAUCGGAUACAAGAGCCAAGUCGACGCCACCAAGGGCGGUGACGAUUGUGGUGGCGUUGGCAUUCUCGGCAUCGCUUGGGCUUUCGGUGGCAUGAUCUUUAUCCUUGUUUACUGCACCGCUGGUAUCUCUGGAGGACACAUUAACCCAGCAGUGACAUUCGGGCUAUUCUUGGCUAGGAAAGUUUCAUUAGUUCGAGCCAUACUUUACAUGGCGGCUCAAUGCUUGGGUGCCAUUUGUGGAUGUGGACUGGUGAAGGCAUUCCAAAAAUCAUAUUACAAUCAGUAUGGAGGAGGAGCCAACAGCCUUGCUGAUGGAUACAGCACCGGAACUGGUUUGGGAGCUGAAAUCAUCGGUACCUUUGUUCUAGUCUACACUGUUUUCUCUGCAACUGAUCCCAAGAGGAAUGCCAGAGACUCCCAUGUCCCUGUGUUGGCACCACUUCCCAUUGGAUUUGCUGUGUUCAUGGUUCACUUGGCAACUAUUCCAAUCACGGGCACCGGUAUCAACCCUGCUCGUAGUUUCGGAGCAGCUGUUAUCUUGAACAAGGACAAGCCUUGGGAUGACCACUGGAUUUUCUGGGUUGGUCCAUUCAUUGGUGCUGCCAUUGCUGCAUUCUAUUACCAGUUUAUCCUUAGGGCAGGUGCUGUUAAAGCUCUUGGAUCCUUCAGGAGCAGCUCGGCCAUGUAAUUUAAGCAAUGAAUCUGUAGCCAGAAGUUCAUAAAAAUGAAGAAAAGAUGGUUGAAUUAAGUUUUAUCAGUGUGGUGAAGAGGCAUUCUGAGACUGCUGAAUUUGUAAAUUGUAAUGGAAGAUGUAGUGCUUUUCUUAAUGUGGCACUUAUUUUCAAUGUGCCCCAUCAUUAUCCCU